AUGGAAAAUAUCCUUGGAAUAGUUCGCCGCAAGCUUGAAUAUAAUGCUAAGCGUAAGAAAGACAGUUUUGUUCUAACUUCGAAUGAAGUCCUCCGUGCUCUCGGCAGUAAUAAUCCGGAAAUAACAAGAGGUCUCGAGUAUUUUCUCGCUACUGGCAACCUGAUAACUAAAAUUGGGUUAUCUCUUCAACAGGAAACGGGAUUCUCUGUGAUAGCUGAGAGGAUAAAUCAGCUUCGCUUUGUUUCACAUUUCAGAGCUAUUCACAGAGGAGCAUUUUUCACUGAGAUGCGAACAACGGACGUACGUAAACUACGCCCGGAAGCAUGGGGCUUCAUUUGCCCGGUCCACACACCUGACGGUUCUCCCUGUGGUCUUUUGAACCAUUUGACUGCUUCAUGCCGAAUUGUUACUCACUAUUCUGACACUAGAGACUUACCUGCAUUUUUGACAGAUCUAGGAAUGAUUUCGUUCAAAUCGAUCGCAUUUGCUCCCGUCAAUGAAAAG